CUGAAAAAUAUUUUUCUAGUAGAGUCGGUGAAAUAACGAGGGGCAUGUUUUCGCAAUAAAUUUAUUUUUCCAGAAAUAAAUACCAAUCGAUAAAAACUAACAAUAUUGUUAUCUAAUAAAAUAAAAAACAACUAUGUAUUUCCGAGGAUUAAAUCAAAUAAAAAAUUCCUGGCAAGGAAUCUCUAGAACCUUUACAUCAAGCAAACAAUCAGCUCCAUUUGGAACAUCUGCAUUACCCAAAGAUGUUGUUAAUAUACCCUCCAAUAAAAUUGUUACAAACUUGCCACCUUUAACAAAGCCCCUCUCCGAUUUGCCAGAAGUUGAAUAUGCAAAACCUAGCAAAGAUGACAAUGUUACUCAAGUGACAACAUUGCCAAAUGGUUUGCGUGUAGCUUCUGAGAAACGUUUCGGUCAAUUUUGCACUGUGGGAUUGGUAAUCGAUUCGGGACCACGCUAUGAAGUUGCAUAUCCCAGCGGAGUGUCACAUUUUCUUGAGAAAUUAGCUUUUAAUUCAACUAUAAAUUUCCCAAAUAAAGAUGCCAUUCUCAAGGAACUAGAGAAAAACGGUGGAAUCUGUGAUUGCCAGAGCUCGAGGGAUACCCUCAUUUAUGCUGCUAGUAUUGAUAGUCGUGCGGUGGAGUCGGUAACUCGACUUUUAGCCGAUGUCACUUUGCGGCCUAGGUUGGAAGAGGAAGAAGUAUUGAUUGCGCGGAGGACAAUUCAAUUUGAAUUAGAGACUUUGGGCAUGCGACCAGAACAGGAGACCAUUUUGAUGGAUAUGAUUCAUGCAGCUGCUUAUAGGGAUAAUACAUUAGGUUUGCCAAAACUCUGUCCAUCGCAAAACUUGGAACAAAUUGAUAGAAAUGUGCUCUUGAAUUAUCUCAAGUAUCAUCACGCACCACAGAGGAUGGUGGUUGCAGGAGUUGGGGUAGAUCACGAUGAAUUGGUGAAAAACGUUGAGAAGUUCUUUGUUGCACAACCUGCUAUUUGGGAUACGGAGAAGAUCAGUGGCUAUGGAGCUGAUUCCGUAGAUAAAUCCAUUUCACAGUAUACUGGUGGUCUAAGAAAGGAAGAAUGUGAUAUUCCCAUUUAUGCUGCAGCUGGUCUUCCAGAACUGGCUCACAUAGUCAUUGGUCUUGAAGGAUGUUCCCAUCAAGACAAAGAUUUUGUGCCAUUAUGUGUCCUUAACAUCAUGAUGGGUGGUGGUGGUUCAUUUUCAGCUGGUGGCCCAGGCAAAGGAAUGUACUCGAGACUCUACACAAAUGUGCUUAAUCGUUAUCAUUGGAUGUAUAGUGCUACUGCAUACAAUCACGCCUACAGUGAUUCAGGUGUCUUUUGCAUCCAUGCUAGUGCUCCACCAAAUAAUGUUCGUGAAAUGGUCGAAGUUGUUACCCGCGAAUUAGUUAACAUGCAAUCCGAGCCUGGUAAAGAAGAAUUGAGUCGUGCGAAAAUACAACUGCAAUCUAUGUUGUUGAUGAAUCUUGAAUCGAGACCUGUGGUAUUUGAAGAUGUUGGCAGACAAGUGCUGGCAACUGGACAUAGAAAACGACCAGAACAUUUUAUCACAGAAAUUGAAAAAGUAACAGCACAAGAUAUUCAACGGGUUGCUCAAAGAAUAUUGGCCACACCACCAUCGAUGGCGGCACGAGGAGAAAUUUCCAAAUUGCCUGAUCUUAAAGACGUGCAAAGCGCGUUGAGUAAUGGUGGAAAGUUUGCCUCUAGCCGGCGGCUUUCAUUAUUUAAGUAAAUUUUAAUUGUUGAAAUUAUACAAAAACGGGAAUAAAAACAAAAUCAUUAUUUAGUUACGUUA